AUGUUUAAGCCUCCAAAUUACAGAAACCUUGAAUACUUCUCUUUACGACCCAUUCUGCUCCAGUCAAUGGGGACCAACGAAGUCAACUCUGAGACGGUAGAUUUGAAUGGAUGUUUUACCAAUAGCUACAAAUCCCCGUCUACUUGCUCGACAAUUUCAGAUCAAGAUACUUUGGAUAAGAUUAAUGGCGUGUUAAAGCUUCGAUUCCAAUUGGAGUCUCUACUCAAAGAAAUGAGCGUUCUUCUGGAAAGAACGUCUUUCGGGAUGGAGAUUUUUCCCAAGUUAUGGCGAUGGAUAUUUUCAUUGUUGUUUACGUUGGUUUCAUGGUUGGUGCUCACUAUCCAAAUGUGUACGGUUUUCUUGAUGAGAACCAUCAAUGCACCUUUAUUUGGUGUCAGUUUGGUGGAUGUGAGUCAGGUGUUUCGGCAGCUAGAUUUGCGCCUAAAACAAAUAACCUAUUUUCCGAUCCAGUUCUUAUGUUAUUAUGAUAAAAGCAUCUUGUACAAGGACAAGUUGGUGUUGUUGAAGGAGUUGGGUCUUCCUGAUUUUAAUUUCAAUUUGAACAUCAAUAAUUCCAACUACAUAAACCUUUACAACUCGGUUUGGCUUAUUGUCAACGAUGUAUUGCUAGGUGCCACUACAUGGAAUGUAUUGGUUAACUAUGGCAACCCUAUCUCGGUAUUUUUGAAUGAGUAUGUCUUUGAGAGGGUCUUAUUUUCCGAUUUCCAUAAAUUGAUUACAUGGAUUUCGUACAACCAUCCGGCCGGGUUCAAACUCAAUAACGAGCUAGGGAGCUUUAUGGGAUCAUUGUUUUUAUGGAGUCUUAAUUCAUGGAAAGUAAUAAUUCAAGAAACCAUUCUUUCGGAAACCAAUAAACGCUUCUCGGUGACAUUAACCAAUGUUUUAUGUCACCUUGGAGUCACGUUUUUACUUGCGUUUAUUCUUGAUAUCCUCAACCUAACAACCAUCCACAUUGUAUGGUUUUAUCAUACGUCAGCAAGAAUCUACCAGAAGCAAGUUGAAAUCCUCAAGUCGUUGUUCCAGUUAUUCCGAGGAAAGAAGUAUAAUGUAUUGAGAAACAGAGUGGAUCACCUAGACAAUUAUUCUCAACCUAACGAGUUCUUAGAAGUUGAUCAGCUUCUUCUAGGAACAUUGCUUUUCAUGAUAUUAGUACUAUUACUUCCUACAAUUUUUGCAUUUUACUUGACCUUUUUCAUGAUCCGAUUGUCUAAUAUCUUGGUACUUAAUUUCUUUGAGAACCUCCUCAUUAUAAUCAACUUUGUACCAAUCUUUGUGAUCUUGCUCAAGUUCAAAAAUUCCAGUAGACUCCAGGGAGGAUUGAAAUUCCAAAUUUUGGACAAGAAACUCCCAAAUUGUAGCUACUUGGAACUAUCUAACAAAUCAUUAACAUAUUCAGAGAUCUUUAAGAAUUUUGCAGCCUUAUUCAAACGACUCAAAAAUUUCAGGACAUCGAUACUCUCGGUAUUCUUUAAAGGAAACUUGAUCAGCUUGAAUCACCAACACUCCUUAAAGUUCAAUUAUCUCAUGCUUCCUGAAAAUGUAGAAAAGUCCAUUGAUAUAUGGAAGUAUUUCACAAACACUUUAUAG